CAAAUCCGUCAAAAAUCCGAAUUAUUUGCAAUGUCCCAUUACAAAAGGUCCUAUCCAGGAGAGUUGGGUCAAAAUAGAAAAUUGUAUGUUGUUGAGUUGGUCAGCCCUUACAGCCUCCAGCCUGAUGCCACACUCCAUCACAGCCUUAGCACUCAGCAACACCUAUAGGCCCUCCCAGGCCUCUCAAUAAACAUGUCUCAUAGACUUCUGGGUUUAUCCCAUAUAGGAGUUCAGGACCUGUAGCAAAAAACAAUGAGAGGGAAAAGAAGGGGAGGGAAAUACUCAUCCUUCCAGGCUGUAUGGCUCUUGAAGCACUCUCUCUAGUCGUUUCGCUCACAUCCAAGGCAGGCCUCCUCAGAGGUUGUGCCUUUGACAACACACUCAUCUGUCUUGAAAUCCAACAAAAUCUUUCUUCUCCGCAUCUUUUUCUUUUCCUUUCCGCAAACGAUUUAACAAUCGUGUAUCCACUUGCUGCAAUGCAAUCUUCCACUCCAGUCCUGCUGCAGUGUUAAACUUACUCAAUUCCCCUUUUACACCGACUCGUUGAACAGCUCAAAAUUUGUUAGUAACACACGUUGAAAAGCCUCCUGCCGCUUCUCAAAUCUGGCAAAAUCCAGGCUGGGGGCGAUGGAAAAAAAUGCCCCUAUUUGCAUGAUCUAAUGUCCCGUUUACAAAAGUCCUAGUCCUUCCUUUCCGUAACCUUUAGAAAGAGUUGGGCCAAAAUCACAAAGUCCAGAAUCCAAAUCUCACAAAAUUAUUAUGAAGCAACAUGAGACGUAGCCAAUUAUAUCAUGUCUUUGGUUCUCAAAAGGAUAACUUUUUAUCACUUGGGCACUAGCUCCCUUUUUGAAUAAAAUGUCAAUCAAAAAUUUAAAAAUCAAUGUCAGUUCUUAAUCCUUCUGUGUCAGGAAUAUGGGGUCAAUUUUUUUUUUCAAAAACAAAUAUAUAUAUAUAUUUUUUUCUUGCACUGCCAACUUGUGACAGUUUUCCAUACAAAGUCUCUACAACCAAUAACUCCUCUCCUUGUAUUCCAAAGUGCUGCAAAAAAAAAAAAGAACCUCCAACAUUUCCCUAUAACCUGUAAGGGGUUUAAAGUCUGUAGCACCAUGUUCUCUAAAAACACUGAAGCAUUGUUCUUUCAAAACAAGGAUUUUUUUUUUUUUUCAAGCCUAAGACCAUUUUUUUUUUCCAAAAAAAAAUAUCUACAGCUUCCGAAUUGCUUCUGAACAAAUCUACUAACAUUGUUUAUAACUCUUUAUGCAUUUUGAAUUCAACACAUACAUCUCAUUCACACAAGGUCCACAGGAAUUCUGAUUAGUGGUUAGUUGUUUAGAUAAAGUCACACACUCUAUCUCAGCUCAUGAAACAUUCUCACCCAGUUGUCCCAAAAUAAGUCCAAAAGCAAGGAUUUAAGAUCCAGGUGAAAGACAGAACCCCAAUAUAUAUAUAUAUAUACACACAUUUACAUCAUCAUUUUCUUUCUUUCUUUUUUUCAUAUUAAAUUCACAUUACAUUUUUACAGCGGCUUUCAUUGACCUUGGCUGUCCACUGGAAUUCCAUUAUCUUUCUCUGGGCAUUUCGCCUGAGUUUUAACAAGAAUAACAGGGAGUUUUUACCUUGAACUGUUGCCAAGAUUUUCCCACUAUCUUUUUGGCAUGAGGCCCAGGUGCAAAGGAAAACUUUUUAAGAAAACAGCCUUUGUUCCUCAGAAAUAACAAGGAAAAAAAAAAAACUUUCUGAGCCUCAACACCACUUUAACUCCCUCCCUUUUUCUCGCCUCUCUGCAGCUUGUCAGCAAAAGCAAACUAACACAGACAGACCCUCUUCGGAUCAGAUUUUUUCAACCGUAAUAAAACAUUUCUAGAUAUUUGUGCUCAACAUUUUUUGUGUAAAUCUAUAGACUCAUUUUUCAUUUUCACUUCAAUAUUACCACGAAACAUGCAGAACUUGAAACUCAUUAUUCCCCACACAUAACAAAGAAAUCAAACAGUUUUUUUUUUUUUCCUUUCCCCGGGAGUUGCGACUCCUCAUGAGUCCUGCACGACUUGGUCUUGGGGCACCCUCACAAGUCUUGUUCUCUGGGGAAUUCCUUCUACGGCUCUACUUGCAACUGAGCCGAAAUUGUCUAACAUACACUGUAAUGGGGUGGUGGAUUUGAACCCACUGCCUCCCAUCCUGCCUAAUAGAGGGGACUGCCUUGGACUGGGCACCUGGACACUCAACGGUGUGUGUCAGGAAUAACAAGACAGAACCCCUUUAUACCUCCCUGGGAACCUUUGUGUCCCUCCCGGCGCUGUUCCCUUAGUGUCUCAUUUUAACCACUAUACUUGCCAGAUUGCUGUAGACGUCGGACCAACCUUCGCCCCUGGACUUUUCCCUGGAUCCUUUUCCCUGCCUGGUUUCUUUGGAACCUCGCUGUCGUUGCGGCUCCCACCGUCGGCCGGCGUUGGCAUCAGAGUGUUUCACUGUCCACCUGUGAGACCUACAGAAACAUUUUAAAAUGGCCCUCUUUCCAAGCAUUACCAAAGGCCUGGGCCAGCUUGAAGCCUACAUUGAGGCAGAGGAAGGAGUGGCUUUUCAGAUGGACAAUGACCAGUUCUGGGCCUCGGUCACUGACCAGUACGAAUCAUUCAUUGCGGGGAUAUUUCCAAAGAAGAUGUCCUGCAAGUUCAAGAUCCAUUUACUGUCUUCAGGAAAGGUUAUGCUGGAGGAUUGGGGGGGCAUGUACCUUGCUGUGAAGGAGGUAGAGGAAGAGCCCAAUACCUUUACUGUCAGACCUGUUAUCUACGCAGAAGAUGAAUCCCUCCGGUUUUCUGCCUUUCAUAGUGGCAAUAAGGUAGCCUUUCAGGCCUAUAAUGGCCUCUUCUUGACCAGAGUGUUCAGACAGUUCCAUGUCUUGGAAGCAGUCAAGCUGUUUACAGAUGAGAGCUGCUUGUUCCGGCCCCUGAUCGGAGACCUUUCACCCCCUACCUUGAAAAUGCUGAACAUAAUCCCAAAAGACCUCUCAAAAUUGAAAUUCCACCCCCAGCUUGUGGGGAAAAAUACCUACACCAACUGGGCAAAUGUACCGGUGAAGCACACUUUCACCAUGACCUGGGAAGACCACUGCACUGACAAAAUUAUCUGGGACCGUCUGUGGGGGCUUGGCUUGCCCUGUUUGUGCUCUUUCACUGUCGAGAGAGCAAAGCCCACUGUGGUGUACACCAGGGACAACGACUACCUCCUUUCUGUGGGGAGGGAGAUUUCUGAGAAGGUAACAAAAGAGGUGGAGGUACCGCCCAGAACCAAAGCCGUAGCUCACCUUUUUGUCCAGGUGAAUUUUAAUGCACCUUUGCCUUUCACAGCCGUCAUCCAGAAGACAAAACCUGGUGCACGCGAUGAAACUUUCAAUGAGAAUGGGGCCUGGAUGGGACUUAUUUAUGGGGACCUUUGGGUGGAAUGUUCACUUGAAAAAAUGUUUGGCUUCUGCCCAGUCAUGUGAGGCAAUGGAGAGUGAUGGUAGUGGAGUGGCUUCCCAGUUGGGGACCAAGUUGAUAGUGGUCCAGUCCUGAACUAAUGUGACUGCUAUGCUAGGGCUAUGUGUUGGACUGGCCCAUUUUAGGAUUCAGCUGCUGACUGGUUUUUUUCCAGGUCAAAGCAGGCAAGGGCUAUUCUUGGGAAUGUCUCUGAGACUACAAUACUUCCAUUUUAACCUUUCAGGUGACUGAAAAAAUUGAUGGUUGCCUUUUUAUGUCAAGAGGGAGAGUAGCACAACUGACAGCAUGCAAAUAAAACUUAUUUUAAAAGAAA